AUGUCGACUCGCGGACAGUUCAACACCAAGAACCCCACGAUAAAGCGAAUACUCAAAGAAGCCUCCGAGCUGGCCUCCAACCCCUCAUCCGACCUCCACGCCGAACCUCUAGAAGACAACCUCUUCGAAUGGCACUUCACACUCCGCGGCCCUCCCGCGCCCUCGCCGUAUGACGGUGGCCUCUACCACGGCCGGAUAGUGCUCCCGUCCACCUACCCACUCCGCCCGCCAUCCUUCCGCUUCCUCACCCCAACCGGCCGCUUUGAGGUCAACCGCGAGAUCUGUCUGAGCAUCAGCGGACACCACGAGGAGACGUGGCAGCCAGCUUGGGGCAUCCGCACUGCUAUGGUUGCUAUCCGGAGCUUCAUGGAUACGGAUGCGAAAGGGCAGGUUGGCGGGAUUGAGUGCAACGAGCAAGCGCGGAAGAAGAUGGCUGUGGAGAGUGUGGAGUGGAAGUGUGCGGCGUGCGGGAAGAGCAAUGCGGAGAUCAUGAAGGAGAGGGAGGAGACGGUCAAGGAGAUGGGAGGGGAGAAGACUGAGGAGGUUGUUCCGGAAGAGCUACGGCUGGCAUAUCGGGACGAGCUGAAUAGGGUUGCUGAGGGAGGCGACGCUGCUUCGAAGAGCGAGACUAAGGAGUCGAAGGGGAAAGAACGGGCUACGGAGACAACACCACCUGUAACAUCGGAACCCUCACCUCGACCUUCGGCGCCCGUUGCUUCGUCACCAAGAGUCACAUUACCGCCCCCGCCAGCGCGGACGAUACAGCUUCCCCAAAUAGCCACUCAGCAAUCGGCCGAAGCUUCACCAGCUUGGAUAGACCAUGCGAUAUAUGGUCUCAUAGCUGCUAUUUUGUUCAUGGUUCUGCGCAAGGUCAUUUGA